AGCCAAUGGGCAUGGAGCUGAGUGAAUUGCGGUUUCCUCGCUGGAGUUUGAAUUUUGUAACAAACCGUGUGUGAUAAAGAGGCAUCGCGCCCAAAUCAGGUUAUAAACCAUGAGCUGGGCGGUGGAGGAGUGGAAGGAUGGACUUCCAGGCAAAGCCCUGCAGAAGAUCCAGGAGAUGGAGGGCCAGCUGGACAAACUGAAGAAGGAGAGGACCCAGAAACAGUUUCAGCUAGACUCUUUAGAGGCUGCCCUGCAAAAACAGAAACAAAAGGCUGACAGUGAACGCAGUGAAACCUCUGCUUUGAAAAGAGAGAACCAGUCUUUGGUGGAGUCGUGUGACUCUCUGGAGAAAGCCAGGCAAAAAGUGAGCCAUGACCUCGGAGUCAAAGAGCAACAGGUAAGCUACCUGGAUGGUCAGCUUAACGCCUGCAGAAAGACCAUAGAACGACUGGAGCAGGAGCUCAAAAAGUACAAAAAUGAACUGGAUCGUUCUCAGCCUGCUGGCUCUUCAUCCUUGUCAUCCUCCUCCUCGGAACUACAGCCUUACACUACGCCACAGAAAAGUUUUUCUACGCCAGCUCCCGUCCCUGCUUACAGACAGCAGGAUAACAGACUAGAGGAGCUUCAGGAGAAAUAUAGCCAGGAGGUAGAAGAAAGAAAAAGGCUAGAGACUGAACUCAAAGUCCUGCAGGUCAAACUGUUGAACCAGUCCUCAGUCACUGUAAGCCACAAGGACAUUGCUGCCCGCCAAGCUGGAUCUUCUAUAUUCCCAUGGCAGAAACAGGAUGCAGCCCACAGCCGCCAGUCUCAGGAUGCAAUGGAAACGCCUCUGAAGAGGCGGGCGACAUCCUUGUGGGACGCUCACGAGGAGACGCCUAUUAAAUCCAGCCAGCGGAUGAGCUGUUCCAGGUCUGUGCAGAGUCCCAGUGGAUCCUCACAACAGAUGGAGCAGCUAAAGACAAUCAACCAAGAGCUGCGUGGUCGUGUGUCAGAGCUAGAGAGGAAUCUGUCCACCCAAGAGAAGGAAAUUCGUAGCCAGGCCUCCAAGCUGCAGGAACUACAAACCCAACUAAAUCAGGCCCGCAAAGACCUGACUGAACGGGACAGAGACCUGGCCAAGACCAGACAUGAGCUCAGUCAGGCCACAGACAGACACCAACAGGUUGAGGCUAAGUGUUCAUCAGUGGAGCAGAAGCUCAAACAGGUCACGGAGGAGAUGAGCUGUCAGAGGCACAAUGCUGAGAGCUGCAAGCGAGCCCUGGAGCAGAAACUCAAGGACCAAGAGAGAGACAGUCAAAAGGAAUUAGGCCAGUUGCAAAGUGCUCACAAGGCUUUGGAACAGCAGCUGAACCAGACCAGAACCAAGCUUACACAAGAGAUCCAGCAGGCCAAAAAAGACAACAACGUACUGCAGGCUGACACAGAGAAGAUGUCUCUCCAGAAGAGUCAGAUGGAGAGGGAGGUGGAGGAGCAGAAACAGAAACUUCUGAGGUCAGAGCAGAGCCUUCAGGCCAGUCAGACCAAAGAGCAGGACCUCCGCAAGAAAAUGGAGGAGCUGCAGAAAGAGAAGAACAGUGUGACAGUUCAGUUGGACCAGAGCAGCAGGCGCCUGAAUCAGCUGGAAGAAGAGAAGAAGAGUGUAGACCAGAGCCUCAAACGCAACCAGGGAUUACUAGAUGACCUCAAAGCUAAAUCAGAAGGUCAGGCAGAGGAGCUGAAGAAACUUCAGUCUAAACUGGAGCAGCAGACUCAGGCUUCUGCCCGGGACCUGGAAAACAUGAAGAAGACACUUUCUGAUGCAGAGACCAAAAAUAACAGAUCUCAGACUGAAUUGCAGAAACAGAUGCAAGAGGCAGAAAAGCUGACCAACAGGUUGACGGUCCUGGAGAAAGAGAGCCAGGAGCUGAAAUCCAAUCUCAGUGCGAGUCAGAACGAGUGUAAGGAACUGAAACAAGAACAUCAAGCUCUGCUGGAGUGGAAGAAAGAAAAGGAGACACUGAUUAAUGAAACUGAGGCUGUGCAGAAAGACCUCACUGACAAAAUUAGCAACUUGGAGAACAGUCUCGCCUCAAUGAAUGAGGCUACUGAAGAACUUAAGAAGCAGCUCAUGAACGUAGAGGGAGACAAGGCCAGUCUAUCUGCCCACAUCGAUUCUUUGAAGGGAGAACUCCUCAACAAAAGCACAGAGUUGGAGGAGAGGGAGCAUCAGUACGCCGAGCUCCAGUCUAAGUUCGCAGAGGCUGGACAGAAACAUACCAAAGACCUGGAGAAUGUUGCUGUGCAAGUGGCUCAGCUUGAAGCACAGGUCAAAGAUCUGGAGUUGCGGUUGCAAAAGGAGAUGACUCGGGCAGAGCAGGCUGAAAAGACUAACAGAGAGCUGCAAGACGAGCACCAGGCAGCCUGUGACCUGGCUCGCUCCAAGGACCAGUUGGUAGAGUUGGGUCAGGCAGAGAUCAGCCAGCUGAGAGAGAGCCUCGCUCAGGCCACUGCACAGCAGGAGGAGCAAAGUACCAGAUUGGCAGAGGAGAAGGUAGCCCUGCUGAAGCAGUGUGAAGAGAGUGUUUCAUUGAAAGCUGAAGAGACUGAACAGCUCAAGCUACAGUUGGAAGAGGUGCAGCAAGAACUGCAGCUCACCAAAAACAAGGUCAGCUCCAUGGAUCAGUUCCUGAAGGUCCAGGAGCAACUGGGAGCUGAGCUGCAGAAACAAGUUAAGGCACUGUCGGACAGUGACGAGGAGCACAAAAAAAUGAAUGAGAAAAAAUCAGAAGAGCUCAAACAGUUAGAGGAGAAGCUGAACGAUCUGCAGAGCCACACAGAAGAGACAGAGAAGCAGCUCAGUGAGGCUAAAACUCAAAUUUUGUCUCUGGAGAAACAAAAGGCAGAGCUGGAAAAUGCAGCCAAAGAGGCAAAGAAAGAGGCUGAGACCCUCCAGCAGGAUCAGACUGAGAAGAUCAACAAACUUCUGGGGCAGAUAUCCUCCUUAGAAGAAGAGCUAACUGCAAGCAAAGAUGCAGCAGAGAAGCUUCCAGUCUUUAAGAAUGAACUGGACAUGGUCAACCAGUCCCAUGCUGACCUUAAGAAGUCUCUAGAAGCUCUUGAGAUGAGUCACUCCUCCACUAUUGAAAUCAAGUCCAACCUGGAGAACACCCUGACGGAGAAAACUAAUCUGAUCUCUACUUUGGAGAAAGAAGUCAAAGAUCUCACAGAGAAGAUGAGCAAAGAAUCAGAGAGUCACGCUCUGGAGAUUGAAACUGUUCUCAACAAAGAGAAGCGCCUGAAAGAACAACUCGAAGCUGCUAAGAAAUCAAUAGCUGCCGCUAAAGCAGAAUCCAGUUCUCGCCGGGAGGAGAUCAAGACCAUGAAGACGACUCUGUCUGCUGCUUCACGUGGCUUAGAAGAGAGAGACAACACGAUCAAGAGUCUGAAGGAGAAGCUGAAUAAAGCAGAGGCCGAGCAGGCCAAAACAUCAGAGGCCUUGAAAGAGAAGAUGGUUGCCAUGAACAAAAUCAAGGUGCACCUGGAGAUGCUACAAAUGGACCUGGAGGACAACGAGACGGCCAUGAACUCUUUUGACAGUCAGGUGGAGGAGCUGAAGGGAACCAUAGAGUUACUGGAGGCUCAGCUGGCACAGAACCAGACCCAGAUGUCUGAGAUGGAGGCCAAGCUGGAGGACAGCAAAGCCCAGGUGUCUGUCUUGGAAACCCGGCUAGACGAGGUCCAAUCGCAGAACUCCAUGCUGGAGACGCAGUAUGUCACAGCUAGGGAUGAGCUGAUGGAGAGGAGCUGUGAAAUGACUCGUCUGGAAGAGGACGCUGUCAGACGGAGCCAGCUGGAGGAGAGCGUUGCUACUUUAGAGUCUAAACUCAGUCAGACCACAGAGGAAAAUCUCAAGUUAGAGACAACUCUCAGGCAGAUAAUUGAGGACAGAGACAAUCAUCUUAAACAGCUGGUACAGGAGAAAAACAACUUCGAGACUACUUUGAAACAGUUAGCAGACGACAAAGAGCAAGCUGAAACUAAAAUGAUUCAAGUAACUGCACAGAAGAAACAGCUGGAGACCAGUCUAGACACGAUAGCUGAGGAGAACAAACAGCUGCAGACCAACGUCGAGCAGUUAACUGAAGAGAAGCAGAAGAUUGAUCAAAUGACAGCAGAGAAACAAGAAGCUGAAUCAAGCCUGAGACAGAUCAUUGAGGAGAAAGCCCAACUAGAUGUUACCCUCAAUCUGAUAAACCAGGAAAAAAUCCAACUUGAGGCUAAACUAAGCGAGCUGACCUCUGAGAGAGAUAUCUCUGUCACUAACCUGAAUCGAGCCAAUGAGGAAAAACUUCAGCUGGAGGUGAACUAUAAUCACCUGACUGAGGAGAACAUCAAACUACAGUCGAGUGUGAAUCAAAUAACCGAAGAGAAGCUGCAGUUACAAGAAGGCACAGAGAGGCAUGAAGAUGAGGUGACUUCUCUCAGAGAGGAGAACGAGUGUAUCCAGCACUGCCUCCUGUCCUCAGAGCAGGAGGUCCAGAGUCUGAAGGAGCAGCUCGAGAUGAGAGACAAGAAGACUGAGGAGGAGCACAGAGAGAGGAGCCAACAGUUUGAGGCGGAGCAGGCAGAACUGCAUCAGAAGUUAGCGGCCUUGCAGAAUGAGCUGGCUGUGUUGAAGCAGCAGUACGAUUCACUGCUGGAGCAGGUGGGCCAACAACAAAGCUUAAUACAGCAGCUCUCUGAAUCCCAGGGAACCCAAGAAAAAAUCAGCUACAUGGAGUCAAAUGAGACAGAAAUCAGUGCAGAUGCUGCAGGUCAGACUGAUGUCGAGCCGACACUUGAUUCAGAUAUCGAGUCUCUUCCGGUGAAGGAACAGCUGAGCGGUGCGGUGUCUGAACUGGGUGCAUUUUCUCACCAGUCUGACGAGGCUUUCAGUGAGGCAGAGCUGGUCUUCAAGGAGGACAUUACUGAGCAGGAAAUGAUCCAGGAGCAUGUGGGAGAGCAGAAGGACGAAGGGCAGCAGCACCAUCAACAGCAAACCUCGGAUCAGGUUCCUGAAGACAGCAGUAGUCCCAUGGGUGUUCUUGAAAAUAAACCUGAAAUCUCCGAGCUUUCUCCACCAUCUUCCUCUCUUGGUGAGACCACACAGUUUGAGUCCCCUGCGACAGAGACAUCACAGGUACCGGAUGACCUCGACCACUACAAGGAAGUGAUCGCAAAACAAGAAAAUGAACUCCACACCAUGCAGUCAGAGUUUGACCUGCUGAAGUCCGACCUCGCUCUGAGAAUGGAGUUGACCUCCGAACUGGAAAUUCAAGUUCAAAACUUGGAGAAGAAAGUUCAUGCAGCAGAGGAGGAGGCCCAUGGUGCAGCGCAUAAACUGAACGUCGCUUUGGAGGAGAAGAAAGGCGUCGCUGAUCAGUUGACUCAGCUGUCAGAGGAGAGGGAGACAUUAACUCUGCAGCUGCAAACAGCUAAAUGCCAGCUGGCUGAUGUUAUGGACAUGCUGGAAGGACUGGAGAUGGCCAAAGGUGGAUGGGAUGAGAAAUUCCUUCAGCAGGAGAGUGAGCUGAAGAGGGUUCGCUCUGAGAAAGCCAACCUGGAGCAGCACAUCCUGGGCAUGGAGUCAGAGCUGGAGACUUUACAGGAGGAGAGGACCAAACUGAAAAAUGAGAUGGAGACCCAGAGGAGGACUUAUUCAGGCAUGGAGCAACAAACAGAAACACUCAUGUCAGAGGCAGCCCAGCUCAGAUCUGAACUUGUGUCCUGCACUGAGGAGCGUGAUGACCUGAACCAGUCUUUGAGUCAAUGGAGGGAGAAAGUUCACAGUCUGGAGAAGACUAACUGUGACACCAGAAACAUCAUUUCCAUCCUGGAGGAUGACAUCCGAGCAGGGAGGAAAGAGUAUGAAGCCCUGAAAAACAGCACGGACAAACUGAAGACGGAGAAGCAACAGCUGUUGGAGCAGAUUAAAGCACUGGAGCAGGCAAUAUCCCAACAGAGUGGAGAAAGAGAGGAGCUCAUCGGACAGCUUGACAAGAUCACAGAAGACCACACUUCAGCCAAUCAGAACACUGAGUCCAUGGUCGGCAAAAUACAGGCAUUAGAGGGAGAAGUGUGUCGUCUCUCACAGUCUCUUGAGGCCUCUUUGCUAGAAAAAGGAGAGAUCGCCUCUCGCCUCAACUCCACACAAGAUGAGGUCCAGCAGAUGAGGACUGGUAUUGAAAAGCUCCAGGUCCGCAUCGAGUCGGACGAGAGGAAGAAAAAGAAGAUGGGAGAGCUGCUUAAAGCUGCCCAGAGAAAGUCUGACUCACUGCAAGAUCGCAUUGAUGCCCUGGAGCGAGAGCAGGAAGAUGUAGAGCAAAGUCUGGAGGAAGCUGUGCUGCAGGCUGAAACAGCUAAAGCUGAGCUGGAGGAGGAAAGGACAAAGGUGGAGGAGGAGAAGAAGGAGCUCAGCGACAAACUAUCACAGCUCUCUGCCACACUGGACAACCUGAGAUCUGAGAAAGAACACAUGGAGAGAGAGCUGGAAACAAAAAACCAAGAGAUAGAAGAACUGAAGGCCGCUAAGGAGGAGCUGGAGAGAGGGUUGGAGAAGGCUGAGGUAGAUAGACAAGAGGAGGAGGAGCGGCAGAAAAACAGGGUAGAAGAGCUGGAGAAGGGUAUGAGACAGGAAGCAGAGAGGCAAACGAGACAAAUGGGUGACCUCCAGGCAGAGCUGGAAGCCUCUCGGCAGAGAGAGAUCUCCCUCGAACAAAAGAGUGCAGAAACUGAAGUGGACAAAGAGAGGAUGCGGUCUCUGCUGGAAGAGAUGGAGAAAGGGAAAAUGUGUCUGCAGUCUUCUCUGGACGAGUGGCAGGCUGAAGGAGAGAGGCUUCGCUCUCAGGCAGAGGAGUAUGAGGAAGAGAGGAAGAGCCUGAGGAGCAGUAUUGAGGCCUUGGUAGAAGAAGUUAAGGAAUUUAAAACGCAGAGAGAAAAAGAACAGAUGGAAGAAAAUGGACGGCUGGCAGAGGAGAAAGAGAAACUGCAGUCGACCCUGUUUUCAGCAGAACAAGAGAGAGAUAACCUGCACUGCACUCUUGCAUCUGUGCAAGGAGAGAAAGAAAGACUAGAGCAAGAGAGGGGGGCGUUAGCCGACGAGAAAGAAACGCUUCAAUCCAGCCUCUCCUUGAUCGAAGCUGAGAAACAUGACAUGCAACAAAACCUGUCUUCAUUAAAGCAAGAGAAGGAAAGAGUAGAGGAGGAGAAGCAGAAGUUAGAGGCUGAAAAAGAAGAACUGCUAUUAUCCCUGUCUUUGAUUGAAGUGGAGAGAAAUGACCUGUCUUCAGCGCUUUCUUCAUUGAAAGAGGAGAUGGAGAAACUCACAGAAGAACAAGAGAGACUUCAGUCCACAGCCGCCUCUGUGGAGAAGGAGUUAGAAACAUACAAAUCAUCUGUCACAAAGCUCAAUGAGCAGGUGUCAGAGCUGACAUCUCACACUGCUCGCCUGUCCAAAGAGAGAGACUCCGCCCUGAGCAAGAUGAGUCUGUGGAUGAAGACCUGCAAACAGCUGGAGCAGGAGAAGCAACUGAUGUUAAACAGCUCAGGUGAAGGAAAGGUGAACCAACUGGAGGUGGAGACAGAGGAGAGAAAGAAGGAAGUGGAAGACCUGAAGACUGCCCUGCAACAGAAAAGGACAGAGGCAGAAGAAAACACCAAGAAGAUGGAAGAACUUCAGGCUGCCCUCGACGGACACGAAGAGAAGUUAGAAGAGAGAAGCAGAGAGCUGGAGGAGCUGAAGAGUGAGCUUGAUGAACUAAACAAACUUCUGGAGGAGAAAAGCAGGGAGGCAGAUGAGAGCAUGGAUAAAUACUGCACCCUGAUGGUUCAAGUCCACAAACUGGAAGAGACCAACGAGGCACUGACGACACAGCUGGAGCAGCGCGCUGACACUACUCGCCGCCGCCGCUCAGCAAGGAAGUCUGCCUCCAAACGUCAGGAAGAAAAACUGGAAGACAUCACAGAGAACGUGGCUCCUUCAACACCUCAGAGGUCUCCUCAGGGGAAACGGGUUCAUCGUGAUAUUAGUGACAAAGACAGUGCCCAGGAAGCUCUGCACAACCUGACAAAGAAGCUCAAAGCCAACGCAGUGACCACACCCAAACCAAGAACUGAACAGGAAGACGAAGAGUUCAGACCAGAGGGACUUCCUGAGCUGGUGCAGAAAGGGUUUGCUGAUAUUCCCCUGGGGGAGGCCAGUCCAUUCAUCAUGAGGAGAACCACAGUGAAGCGCUGCAGUCCUCGACUGACUGCCAGACAGACAUCUGCACCUGACGCCAAGGUUUUGGGGCCCAUCGCCCUCCAGAGUCCCUCUGCAGACAGCUCCGACAGGAAGUGUCUGUCUCCGAGCGACGAGGACAAACCUGCGUGUCAUUCAAUGAGUUUAAGGAAGACGCCAGAGCAGAAAGAGAAACAAACACAACAAGGAGACAACUGUCAUGUCCAGUAGAUCGACGUACACACGCACAAUUUUAACACUCCACCACACACAGACACAUUUAGCUAUAAAGACACAUUUCUUUUAAAAGUAACAUCCACCCACGUCCAUCCACAUGUUUAACACGUAAGAUGCACCUUUUUAUUUCUAUGUUUUGCUUUGGGCUUCAGGUGUGUGCACACGCAUGCGUGCACGUGCACAGUUGUGUCACAGUUUUGUUUCCUGUUAUAUUCACUUCCUGCAAGACUGCAAGAGGUUACACUAAACUUUACCUGUUGCUGAGGCAGGUUAAAGAAGAGUGAGUAAUUCGGUGCUGAUGUUCCUCGCAGCACUUUUCAUGAUGCUCUGUUUUAAGUGAUUUUUAAUGAUCCGUGUUUUAGACUGAAUGAAAGCAGCGUUGUUUUAUGAAUCCUGUGUUUGUUCCUCUAUCUUCAUCUCUUUGUGACUUAACCACUGACUCGCUGGUUGUACUUUUAUUUUCUGUAUUGUUCUUCUUGGUGUGUGUGAGAAAUGUCUCUAACUUUGUACAUAUUAGAUGUAAUCACAGCUACCCUUCAUUCCUUUAUUAGUUCUGUAACAUAUCACUUGAUCGCUAAAGGCAGCUCAAACUUUGUAGAUUUUCUGCUCUCACUCUGUUCCAUAUUAUCUAGAUAUGUUUAUAUAGUACAAAUCUAAUGAGAAGUAAAAUUUGACUUUGUCCUUUCUUGCUGAUCUUUGCAACAAAUGCUGAAAGCCAGUCUAUUUUAUCACUUUCUGUAUUUUAUUUAGAUAUAGAUCUGUUAUUGAUUGUAAAUAGUUCUGAUCCUUUUUAUACUAAAUCUUUAUGAACUGCUUCAUAA